GCUUCUCUGACUGUUGGAUUUUUUCUCAAGAAACAGAGCACAGAUAAAUAUGAGUGAUAAUAAUAGUUCAAAUGAGAAUUGUCUCGGAUGGGCAGCUAGAGAUUCUUCUGGUCAUCUCUCUCCUUUCAAAUUCAGCCGCAGGAGCUUAAACAAUGAUGAUGUUUCGCUCGAUAUUACUCAUUGUGGUGUAUGUUAUGCCGAUGUAGCUUGGACAAGGAACAAAAUCGGGAACACAAAUUAUCCUGUUGUGCCAGGACAUGAGAUUGCGGGGAUUGUAAGGGAGGUUGGUUCGAGUGUGGAGCGUUUCAAAGUUGGUGAUCGUGUAGCGGUUGGAACAUACAUCGAUUCGUGUAGAGAUUGCGAAUAUUGCAACGAUAAUUUAGAAGUUUAUUGCUCGAAAGGUGCAAUCUUUACAUUUGAUGGGAUUGAUAAAGAUGGAACCAUUACCAAGGGAGGAUAUUCUAGUUACAUUGUUGUUCAUGAAAGAUAUUGCUUCAAAAUACCCGAGAAUUAUCCAUCGCAUCUAGCUGCUCCUUUGCUUUGUGCUGGAAUAACGGUUUAUUCUCCAAUGAUUCGACAUAAAAUGAAUCAACCUGGAAAAUCCCUCGGAGUGAUCGGGCUUGGAGGAUUGGGGCACAUGGCGGUAAAAUUUGGAAAGGCGUUUGGUCUUAAUGUGACCGUUUUUAGCACAAGUCUUUCCAAGAAAGACGAAGCCUUGAAUCUACUUGGGGCAGAUCAAUUCGUCGUUUCUUCGGAUCAACAACAAAUGAAUGCAACUAUGAAAUCGCUCGAUUUUCUUAUAAAUACAUCUUCGGGUGAUAUAUCGUUCGAUCAAUACCUUUUAAUGUUGAAGAUAUCUGGUGUUCUUGUUCUUGUUGGAUUUCCUAGUGAAGUGAAAUUUAAUCCAGGAAUUCUAAGUGGGGGAAUGAAAACCGUAACGGGAAGUGUGGUUGGAGGAACGAAAGAAACGCAAGAAAUGUUGGAUUUUUGUGCUGCUAACGAAAUUUACCCAGAAAUUGAAAUUGUUCCUAUUCAAUAUUCAAAUGAAGCAUUGGAAAGAAUGAUAAAUAAGGAUGUCAAAUACCGGUUUGUGAUUGAUAUUGAGAAUUCUCUCAAGUAAGAUAUUGUUUCAUGUUGGGUUAUUUGAAAUUUUUAUUAUGUUGUU